UCCAGUAUAAAACCCACAGCCAGGAGGGCUUUAGGAGAGGCAGAGCACACUUUAACAGUUUGUUGUUGAAUCUGGUGACUUGUUGCGUAACGGUGAUGCGCAAAACCCAAAGAGCGAUACAGUUUACCACACAUUGUUGUUUUUAUUAAUUUUUAUCUUAAAAGAAAAGUUUGUAUUCGGUGUUUUUUGGCAGACCUUUAACUGGUUUUUAACUCGGCUGGACUAACAUGGCAGAGGGAGACUUCUACACGAUGGGAAACCGGCAGAGGUUUCCCAGGGAUCCGUUUGGAGAGUCUCCGUUCAGGGAUCAACUGGGGUCUCGGUUUAUGGAGGAAGACUUUGGGAUGCCCGCUUUCCCCGAAGAUCUGUCCAUGGACUGGCCGGGUUGGGCUCGGCCGGGCCGGCUCGGCACGCGCCUCAGUUCCUCGCCCUUCAGCACCACUUUACGUACAGGUUUCCCCUCGCGCCAGUCCACGGGAGGCCCCACGCUGUACACCAGCAUGUACGGCGAGCCUUCCUCCCAGAGCUCCCCCACCACCACCGGGGGGGAACCCUGGAAAGUUUGCGUGAACGUCCACAGCUUCAAACCAGAGGAAUUAAACGUCAAAACGAGAGACGGUUUUGUAGAAGUGUCAGGAAAACAUGAAGAGAAGCAGGAAGAAGGAGGCAUAGUGACAAAGAAUUUCACAAAGAAGAUACAGAUCCCAAUAGAUGUGGACCCUCUGACCGUUCUCGCCUCAUUGUCCCCCGAGGGCGUCCUCAUCAUCGAAGCUCGGCAGACGCCUCCAUAUUACCUCUUCAGCAACGAGGGCUCCCAGGGUGAAGAGGACCAGGAGGUGGAGGCACUCAAGCCCCAAGAGGCCCCCAUGGUCUAAACCCCCAACUCCUCACUAUCCUAUCAAAUCAUCCUGCGCAAUUGAUGAAUGAAAUGAAAUAUGUGACCUAUAGCUUCCUGUUGUUAAAAUUCCAAUGGGAAGGUAUGUAAGGUAAAUAGUUAUGACCUGUUGUAUGUCUUUAUUAAAGCUGCACAAGACAAAAAUGUUAUAUAUGCAAGCAGAGUAGUGAAGAGUCGCCUCCCCCUACUGGCAGAGAUGCUAUAGAUUUGCCACGGUGCAAGAUUUUGGUGCACGAUUUUGAAAGAUAUCUUCUGAUUACAUCAGCGGUUGUUACUGUAAUGCAUCAGCUAAGACAAUCCAGAUCUACUGUUGUAAAAGCCAAGAAAGUGUAUCAUGUUGUAAAACUGACUGAGACGUAACGUUAGGCAACACAACUUUAUGGCCAGGUUAUGGAAAAGAUUGUGGUUUCAGUUAAAAUAACUGUAAAGUGAAACUUUACGUGACCAUAAGGAUAACAAAAAUGAAACUCUGUGAUUGAAGACGGAAACAAAGAACAUUCUCAUACAACGUUUUGGACACAUUUUAAAGAUCACAAAUGUUCAAACAGCUUAUGGAGCCAUAGUGUGAACUUGUCUUGUGCAGCUUUAAUAUUAUAUAUGGCUAUAUCCCGAGGUCAUGAAAUAUCAGCUGGGCCACUUAUACAUUAUAAGCCAAAGAAUUCUCCCUUACCAGUAAGUCAAUAUAACACUGUAUGUGUAUCAAAUUUGUAUUUAUAAUUAUUAUUAUCUUUGCAUCAAACGUAUUAUAUGUGAUUUUGUUGGUCUGAAACUAAUGUGCCUUUAUUUACUGGAGUGCCUUGACUUUACAGUUGUUUAUUUUUUGAGUUAAUGAAUGUCACUUAAACUGACAAGAAACGAAAGCAAGCUACCUUUUGUGGCUUCAUUAAAGUGUGAAUUGUGUGCAUUCAUACUGUAUUCUACCAAAGAGUAUUGUAAAUAUACUUCAACAUGUGCCAAUUCAUUAUAAAUAUGAAUCUAAAGUGUUCCAGGUUUUUGCAAUAUGGUUUGCAUUUUUUUUCUUUUCUAUUUGAGCAUUCAGGAAGAUGGCUGCAUGAUUGUUGGAGCGGACAGACUCCCUUGUUUGCCAAAGACGUUUGUUUCCUGCCUUCUUCUCUGUCCAUGUCUUUAUAUCGGCUGACGCAAUAAAACUGUCCAGCCAAUCUCC